AUGGGAAACCCCGAAUGGCUUGAAUACGGCGUGCCGACGCUCGACCGUCCUUUUGGCCUGGCUCUAUGGCCCAUUUUCGAAAAGGUCUUUGAGCCCAUUGCGGGCUACAAGCCCCAGGACUUCCGCUUCGAGCAGGGCGUCACACCGCUCUCGACCUUCAAGACGUGUGUUGUCACACUUGUUGUAUACUACAUUGUAAUUUUCGGCGGCCGGGAGCUUAUGCGCAAUCGCGAGCCCUUCAAGCUCAGCUUUCUCUUCAAGCUACACAACUUUUACCUCACCGCCAUUAGCGGUACACUGUUGCUGCUUUUUGCCGAGCAGAUCAUCCCCACGGUUGUCAGGAAGGGUCUUUUCUUCGCCAUCUGCGACCACGAGGGCGGCUGGACUGACAAGCUGGUUAUCCUCUACUACCUCAACUACCUCACCAAGUUCCUCGAGCUGAUUGACACCUGCUUCCUGUUCUUGAAGAAGAAGCCUUUGACUUUCCUCCACACCUACCACCAUGGCGCGACGGCCCUCCUCUGCUACACCCAGCUCAUUGGCCACACCCCCGUCUCAUGGCCCGUCAUCACCCUGAACUUGGCGGUUCACGUUGUCAUGUACUGGUACUACUUCCAGAGCGCCCGAGGCAUCCGCAUCUGGUGGAAGAAGUACAUUACCGUCGGCCAAAUCACCCAAUUCGUCCUUGAUCUUGGCUUCAUCUACUUUGCGUCAUGGACCUACUUCACCAGCACCUACUGGCCCCACAUCCCCAACAUGGGCAAGUGCGCUGGUGAGGAGUUUGCCGCCAUCUCUGGCAUCUGCAUUAUCACUUCGUACCUGUUCCUCUUCCUGGCAUUCUACUUUGCCACAUACAAGAAGCCGGUUCCCAAGGGCCGCCGCAGGGCUACCAGCGCUCUCGUGGAAAUGAAGGACGAGAAGGUCCCCACCGUUGGCGAGGCUCGCAGGCGCCUUUCGAUCACCCGUGGCGCCGCUGCUACUGGAUCUUCGCCCAACGGCACUCCCAACGGCCGGGCGACGCGCAGCCGCAAGGCGUAA